AUUUCAAGGUAGUGCAACGUUUCUUAUCGUUGAACGAUUAUUUCUUGGCUUAUUUGUUGAUGUGGCUGGCUACGGAAGUUUUCUGGAUAGAAAUUAAAUUAAUUUUUUAAGAUAAGUAUUAGACAAAAAUAUUUUACAAUGAAUAUUUAUAAUUUUUUAUUUUUCUUUAUAUUUCUUAUUAAUACCGUAAUUUCUCAAUCAAAUAAUGAAAAUGAAUGUAUGACCCCAUCUAACGAAAAAGGACAUUGCAUCAAUAUUAAAAGUUGCCCUAUACUUGAAAAAUUAUUAGUGUACCAUAGAAAAAAUAUUUUAGUAAGAAAUUUUCUUCGAAAAUCAAAUUGUGGCUAUGAAAAUAAAGUCCCUAAGGUUUGCUGUUCCUUAAAAAAAGAUUCAUCAAAUUUUAAUGAUGAUAUUAGUUUAAUAAUUGGUCACCAUAAAAAUCAUGUUGGUGGAAAUACAACAACUAUACAAACGGGAAUCGAAGAUAUAUUACUGAAUCCAUUGACUUGUGGACAAAGUAACGUUACACACGCUAAAGUUACAGCUGGAAGUGUACUCGCUAGUAUAGGUGGUUGGCCAUGGAUAGUGGCACUUGGAUAUCAUAGAACUAAUGUAAAAACAAAUCACCUAACAGAGUGGUUGUGCAGUGGUACUUUAAUAUCAAACUCAUACGUGAUAACUACUGCCAGAUGUGUUACAAAUAUAGACGUUAGUUUACAUGAGGUACGUCUCGGAGACCUUAAUUUAGAUCCUAAAGUACCUGAUGAGGCAGAAACAGUUACAGUUCAUGUUGCAACGAUAGCAUAUCAUGACCAAUACGACUCUAAAAAACGCACUGAUGACAUUGCAAUUGUAAAAUUGAAGACACCCGUUCAUUAUUCCAAAUACAUUCAACCUAUAUGUUUACCUUCUUCAACAACUUUAAAAGCGAAUUCAUUUGAUAAAACUUUGCAAUAUGUUGCCGGUUGGGGUGCUACAAUACUUGAUGGACCAAAGAAUAAUGCCUUAACAGAGGCUGAAGUUUCAGUGGUUAGUAAUGAAGAGUGCAAACGUAUAUUUGCUAAUAAUUUAACUAUCCAAGAAGUACAUAUUUGCGCAGGGAAUUUAAAAGGAGCAAAACAUACAUGUUCGAGGGAUGCCGGAGGACCAUUAACAUGGAAAAAAGACAACCAAUAUUAUUUAACCGGUAUUCAAUCGUUUGGAGAUAAAUGUGGAGAAUCUGGAUUUCCAGCUGUUUAUACUAGAAUGACAAAAUAUUUGAAUUGGAUUAUUUCUAAAAUUAAUUAUAACUAGCUUAUUUUACUUUUAAUUUAAUAUGAACUUUUGUACUUUUUUAAUAUGUAGUUGUGAUGAUAUAAUUUUAAUAAAACAAAACAAUACAGUUUAACCCA